AUUCUCUGAGGUGACAGUCCUUCAGGUCUGCGCUUCUUCACCGCAGGAGAGAAACAGCCGUCGCGAGUUUUCCAGCAGGUAUGGCAGACUGAUGCCGGUCUCCUCACACACGUCUGUCCACCUGACCAGUCCGGAAAACACCACUGUGGACGCGUGAAAGCAUGAGUUCCCCGGGACCUCAGUCGAGGCAAGCCGAUAGAGUGGCCAGAUCGGACAGCAAGCUCAGCGCCAAGGCUCUCUACGAACAACGGAAAAAAUACUCCAACUCCAACUACAUCAUGCAGGAGACUUCGCAAUAUCACGUGGAGCAUCUAUCCACUUUCAUCAUGGACAAGACAGAGUCUAUCGUCACAGUGGAUGAUGCCAUCAAAAAACUGAUUCUUCUGGACACAAAAGACAAGAUCUGGACCCAGGAGAUGCUCCUGCAGGUUACCGACAAGGCAGUCAGGCUGUUUGACUGUGACACACAGGAAGAGUUGGAAAACUUCCCUCUUCCCACGAUCCAAAUGAGUCAGACGGUAACAAACCAAACGCGUUAUCCGUCUGUGCUGCUACUCGUGUGCCAGGACAAGGACCAGCCCAGGCCCGACAUCCAUUUCUUCCACUGUGACGAGGUGGAGGCCGACUUGGUCCAUGCAGACGUCGAUAGUGCCAUCGGGGACAACAAGCACGGAAAGAAACUGAGGCUUCAGACCUUGAAGGUGAACCAGGAGAAAAUGAAGCGCCACAGAGAGACGAUCCUCCCCCCUUCUGCAUCCAGGGGCCCCCCACCUCCUGUAAAAGGACGAGUAGCAGCCGCUCCAAAAACACCAGAGAGACAACCUUCAGGUCAAAGUGACGCGGAGUCGCACGAAAAGCUGGCCCAGCGCAUCGAGAAGGAUGUGCAAAUCCUCAACUGUGCCCUAGAUGACAUAGAGAUCUUUGUGGCGCGGCUGCAAAAGGCAGCAGAGGCCUUUUCCCAGCUCAACCACCGCAACAAGAGUAAGAAGAAUAAGAAGAAAGGACCAGCAGAGGGCAUGCUGACCCUGCGAGCCCGGCCCCCCUCUGAAGCAGAGUUCAUCGACAGCCUGCAGAAACUGAAGCUGGCCCUCAACCUCUUGGCUAAACUAAAGAAGCACAUACAGAACCCCAGCGCUCCCGAGCUGGUUCACUUCCUCUUCGGCCCCUUGGAGCUGGUGCUGCAAAGCUGUGGAAGUCCUGAACUGGUACGUUCAAUCGUGUCUCCUCACCUUUCCAAAGAUGCCGUUGACUUCCUGCGGGGACAUCUAAGCCCCAAAGAGACGACCAUCUUUGAGCUGCUUGGAGAUGGAUGGACCAAACCCAGAGCAGAGUGGCCCAGGGAUCAGUGCGCUCCUCCCUAUUAUCCAAAGUUUCGGAACGGCUGGGAACCACCAGCAGAGCUGUUGCUGACGGCGCCGUGGGAAACUGAGGGACCCUCUGCACCGAGCAGCGCCAUGCACCAUGCACCGCAUGGCUCCCCCUCCAGGUCCAGUUACAGGAAACCCUCGUCUGAAGAUUAUUACGGAACUCACUCCUCCACCUCCUCAAACGGGUCUUACAACGGGAUGCCCAACAGCCGCAAAUAUGCCAAGAUUCGCUACCACUUUGUGGCGCGAAACGCCGACGAGCUGUCAGUGCUGCAGGAUGAAAUCCUCGAGGUGAUAGAAGAUGAUAAGCAGUGGUGGAAGCUACGGAACCGGAGCGGACAGGCCGGCUUCGUCCCGUUUAACAUCCUGGAUGUCGUGAGGAUAGAGGAGCCAGAGGCCUCGUACAGUCAGAAAAGUUACAGGUCGCACUCAGGGUCAGUAAACCAUGGAGACGGCAUGCACACGGGUGCACCCAAUGACAAAAUGAUUGAUGAGCUGUUGACAAAAAUCACGAAUAAAGGCCCGCCUCCCAGAAAGAUCCGCGUGGAGCGUUCACCUACCACUCAGCUGCCGCUCACCUUUGACUCAAGCACAGAGGAGGUGGUCGCUUGGCUCAACGCAAAAGGUUUCUCAAAAACGACUGUUGAAUGUUUGGGGAUCCUGACUGGAGCCCAGCUUUUCUCCCUGAACAAAGAGGAGCUGAAGGCCGUGUGUGGAGACGAAGGUGCGCGCGUCUACUGUCAGGUCACUGUGCAGAAAGCGCAGCUAGAGAAGUCAAGUGGCGACACAGAGCUGCAGGAGAUCAUGAAGAGGAGACAGGAGAGGAUCGACACCGGCUCCACAGACUGACCCGUCCGAGGGAACGACACGACCCGUCCAGAUGCUUUACUCUUGACCAACCGCAGCAGCUUACUAAAUCAACCUACUUCUUUUUUAUAAUCUACCAGGUAAAUGAUGAAAUGCUCUGUAUAUUUUUAAUUAUGUAUUUAUUUUGUAUCAUGUAAUGUGUUUGUUAUUCAAGUGUUUUCUUAUGAAAUUAUGUUGCUUUUGUUUUCAAAGUCUCAAAUUAUAAGAAAUACCUGAUGAGAAGAAAACAAUAUCAACUCGUACAGUGUGUGCGUGUGUGUGUGUGUGUGUGUGUGUGUGUGAGUGUGCGUGCGUGUGAGUGUGUAUGACAUGCAUCCUUUGUAAAUGUAUAUGAGCAGUGUUUUGAGGUUUAAAAGCAUUGGUAAUAUUGCAGCUGUUUACUAAAUUACUCUGUAAAAGUAAAUCUUAGCCGUUGCAUUUGUAAAUCAGUGCCAGAAUGUUUGACUUAUUUCUGAUGUAUAGCCAAUUAUCACAUUACUGUUUACAUACAAUUUCAUUACAAUAAAGCAUGGUAUAUCUUGCUAGUCGCAAUUACCUGAAAUCAUCUAAUCCGGGUUGGUAAAAGCCAAUCAGCAAUAAGUAUUAAUUCACUUCAUUGAGCUGUUUCUACUUUCUGUUUCAGACAUUCUGGCAAUCUUAGCUGGCGUUAAUUCUGCAUGAGGUCAUUGUUGAAAUGUCUUUAUACCGCAUGGUGUAUUGCGGUGUAGAAGUCACGGACAGGAAUAAAAAAAAGUAUAUGCCGUAGUUUUAGUGUUCUGAUGGAAAUGAAGAAACUUUCUUUGGGUUGUAAAUACUGUGGGACACAAUGUUUAAAAAGACUGUAAUAAUGGUAAUAAUAAAGUCUUGGUAAAAGUA